AUGCCCAAUUUACGAGGGCCGUCGGAGGAGAAACGUCAGAAGUGGCAGCGGCGACUCGCCGACCCGGGCGAAUCGGGUCGGAGAGUCGCCGGGGCCGUCCAGCCCAUCCUCUGCGAGUGGGUGGACAGGGGAUGGGGGACGUUGACCUACAGGACGACACAGGUUCUCUCCGGACACGGAUGCUUCGGGGAGUUCCUGUGUCGUAUCGGGAAGGAGCGCGGGCCGCACUGCCACCAUUGCGGGGCGGAAAGGGACACGGCGGACCACACCCUUGCCGAAUGUGCGGCGUGGGAUGUGGAACGCCGUGUCCUGAAAGACGUCGUGGGGGAGGACCUUUCGCUCCUGACCGUCAUGAGGAAGAUGGUCGGGAGCGAGAGGAACUGGAGGGCGGUCUCCUCCUUGUGCGAGCAGGUGAUGCUGCGGAAGGAGGAGGCCGAGCGUGAGCGCCGACCGGGGGUCGGCCGGAGGGGUCCCGGCCACGGAUGA